CCCGGAGCCGCGCCGUGCCCCGGGGGCUGCCCGCAGCGAGCUACCCGCAGCGCCUCCCCGCCGCCUGGCGGCUCGGCCCGCCUCCUCGCCUCCCCCGCCGGGCCGCUGCCGCUGCUUCGGGGGCCGUGGAGCCAGGAGCAGCCCCCGGCGAGGCGGUGGCUCCGUCAGCCUCCCCUCCGCCCCCCUGAGGGCCUUCGACUCACCCCGUCCGGCUCCGAACCGGAGAAGUCGGGCAGCGAGUUGCCCGCUUUGGGGUGCUGGGCUUGGGGUUUCGAUUGGUGUCACUGCAGUGAGGAGGGGGGACACGGGCAGGCUGGCCUCUGCACGGAGGAAGGGCAGCCGGUGGCAACGUUAUUCGGAGGCUACGAAGUGAAACCUUUCCCAAACAAGUUCAGCAGGUCAAAGCUGGAUCUGUAAAGUCAGUGAUGCCAAGCAGUGCAACUUGCAAUGCCCAGAAUGUCUGACAAACAAGCCUCAAACUGUUAAGCAAGAUUACGUGCAUGAGAAAGCAGACAUCAAAAUGAGCUUGGGUUUCAGAAGUGCUGUCUAAGUAAGGAUUUUGUCUCCUUUGUCUACUGUGAAAUGUUGGAGGAAAAACUGGAGUCAGUGCCAGAUCAAACAAGUUCAGAAGAACAAAUGGAGAACUCGUCAAAAGAAAUACGCAUCUUGGAACAGAAAAGAGAAGACUUCUGUGCAGAAUUUCAACUUCAUCAGAAUUCCUCAAAAAAACCAGAAUUUUUCAUCCAGGCAGAAGCUGAAGCAUUGAAACUUUCAGAUUUGGUAAUAACCAGUCAAAGAAAAGGACCCCCAAAUAUGUGUGGUGAUUGUAAUUCCAGUCCUGGAGAAUUAAGCACUAUAGAAGAAAAGGGUAAGAGGAUGCUCCCUGAAUUUAUAUCCUCAUGGAAGGAUGGCACAGAUGUAGGUGGGAAGACAGAAACUGCAUUCCUCCUAAAAGAACUGGACACUCUAAGGGCCAAAAACAAAAAGCUUCAGGAUAAGCUGUCUGAAAAGGACAAGGAGCUGAAGACAAUAAAACUGGACUUAGAACUGCAAGAGAGAGCUACAGAAGCUAAGAUUGCAGAAAAGAUUGCAGCUCUCGUAGAAGAAGUUUAUUCUGCUCAACGAGAACGUGACGAGGCCAUCAUGGCAAGGCUUAGAUUAGCCAAUGAAGAGAGAGAUGAAGCAUUUUUACGUGUCCAGCGGUUAGAAGAAUCUCUGAAAGAGCUAGAAAAUAUUAACCCUGAAGAAAAUGACAUGACAUUACAGGAAUUACUGAACAGAAUAAACAAUGCAGACACAGGGAUAGAUAUACUGAAGAACGGAGCUAUAAUUCUGAAUCGAAUACACAGGACCAAAGAACGUAAAAAGAAAAUAAUAGCUGAGGAAAUGACUGCAGUAAUAGAACAACGGGAUGCUGCUUUGUCUCAAUGCAAACGGCUAGAGCAGGAGCUUCAUCAUCUGAAAGAGCAGAACCAGACUUCAGCAAACAACACGAGACAUCUGACUGCUGAAAACAAUCAAGAACGUGCUCUGAAGGCAGAAUUGAUAGCCUUGCAACAGGAAAAAGAGGCAGCUCUUCAACAGUGCAAAAAAUUAGAAGAAGAAAUCCAGAGAUUGCAUGUAUACUACAGUUCACACAAACCUUUGUCUCAAGGGAUGAGCCCGAAGGACUGGCUUAACCAUGCUUUCAGUACUUCUGAAGGUAGACUGAAAGACAGGGAAGAUGUUGUGACCCUUACCUAUGGCCAGAUUGAAGAACUGGCAGCUCAGCUGCAGCAAGCUCAGUCAGAGCAGAAGAACACUGAGAUGAAGCUCCAAAAGGCCUUGGAGGUUUCAAAGGAGGCCAACGAAAAAGUUCAGAAGUUGGAAAGGCUGGUGGACGUCCUGAGGAAGAAGGUUGGAGCAGGGACCAUUAGGACCGUGAUCUGAUUGAAAGCUCUAGUCUAAGGAAGCAUUCACAUCUGGUGACCAGGCUGCUUCAUUCAGCACUGUGUAAACACUAAAGCCUUAACUUAGCAAACAGUUGUUAGAAGUGGGACACUCCAGCGACAUUCCAAGCUGAGAUAAAAUCAAAUCAUAAAUGUUUAACUACUUUGCUGCUGAGUUCUGUGAUUUGUUGAAAUGUUUCACUGCAAACAUAUAUUUGUUUUUAAGCAGAUGCAUUGUGGCUCUGUAUACUGUGAAAAAUGAUGUAGAUGCUUAUUUUAACAGUCUGUUCUCUCAGUGUUACUAGACUACAGUCUGCUGCAAGGCACAGCUUGGCCGUGUUUUCAAAUACUGCCAGCUUCAGGUGCAAAAUCCUGGAAAGCAGUUUCAAAAUCUAAAUCCCUUACGUUAUUUAUGAAACUGCAAACAGUCCAGUAUUUGUAUGUUAAAUACAGUAAUUGAUAAAGUAGGUUCACAUUCAAGAAAUAACUCUAAACACUAUAUUGAAGAUUUUUUUCCUCCUUACUCGUAGCCCAUUGAAUUGCAGCUAGGAACUCUAGCUACAUCUAAAGGAAGGAUAUACAUAUAGCUUUAUACAGCAGUUGAAUAACUACUGCUAGUACAUGGCAUUUUCAGCAUACAUUAAAAAGAAAUGUACAGUUAGGUUUCACUGGGGGAACAGCUGGGUAAAUAAUCAUAAAUUGCUCUGUGAAAGCCUUGUGACACUGUGCAGUAUCUCAGACAGUGGGGAAGGUUUCCUGCGUUGUUUUUGGUCAGUCCUCUGUCCUUUCCUAUGAGGGGAAAUCCUUCAGAUGUUCAGAAAUCACCUUACAGAGUCAAAACUCAUCUCUUCGGUAUAAGGAGUGAACGAUGAAGGUCACACAGCCCCAGUAAUGGAGGCCCAGCCUUUAGUGCCUUCAGGUGAAUUUCUGGCCCUGAUGAACUCAGUCUGAGUUCUUCCUUUCAGUAUAAUGAGGGCAGGAACUCUGAUCUGGCAUGUAGAAAUACGCAAUAAUGAUAACAUGGGUUAAUUGGCUUUUAUUUUACAGUUUAUUCACUGAGAGGUGAUUGAUGUCUGCGCAGAGCUCUGAAGGUGAAGAAAACGCCUGCCCCAUAUAGCAGACAUGCAAUAGUCACUUCUGUCCUAAUUUACAAGAGAAGGAUGAGAUUGCGUCAGAUUAACUAACAGGAGUAGCAAUUCAUUUGCCUCCCAAUGGAACAGCAGAGUUCAUGAUGAAAGGUGGUUCACCAUAGGCAAUGCUUAUGGUGGCAGUUGUAAUUACUGGUCAGAUUAGUGUCUCUGCUGUUUUGCAGAGUACUGAGAUGUUCAGAAACAUCCAUCCCUUGUGAGAUUUUGUGUGUUUCUCUUGAUGAUCCUGCAGCACACUUGCAUUGGGAGCCAUUUCUGUUAUAUGCCAGAGUAAAAUAUGUAAAUAGCAUCAUGUUGGCUCGGGGUAAGAGCAUUAUUAAUGCUUUUUGGCACUGUAAUUAUAUUCAUAGUAAGCCUUCCCUAAGCCCACACUAAUUAACAAUAUUGUAACAAAUCAACUUUAACAGGAAAGAACUGUGGACCUUUAGUCAUUUAGUACUGUUUUUCAUUCAGCCCACAACCCAAAACUGGUAGCAUGGUUUUCUGUACUAGUGUUGGGAAAACUACUGAUAUUUGAAAAGUUCAGAGCCAGCUCAGUCUUGUUAGCAGAAUCCUGUAGAUGAAGUCAGUUUGAUUCCUCUUUAAAUAUAUUCACAAGAAAGAUUCAUUAGUUAAUUGUUAAUGUAGGGGAAUAUUAAAACAGCUUUUAUAAAUAAGCCAUCAUAUUGAAAUAGUUUAGUAAUGUCAAUAUGUUGUCACUUGCACAUGUAUUUAUCUAUUUAUUCCAAAUCACAGGACGCUUUACAAAUAUUCACCUUAAUUUUCAAAUUAAAUGGCUUUAUAAAUAUUCUUAUCAGGUGAUCAAGAGUUGUAACAUCCUUAAUCCAUCUUGCUAUCUAAAUGUCAGGAUUUCUCUGUGCCUUUAUUUUAUUCAUUUAGAAUAAUUCCAGAUGAAGGCUGUUAGGGUUAUUUUAUCUUCUUUUUAAUUUGUACCCCAAAGAUUUUCCUCACAUACAAGAAUUAAAUGUGAGGCACAUUUAAAUCUCUGACUGGCAGUUUCUCUGAUUCAAGUCUUGCUGUGAUCUCAGCGUUAUAUAUACUGACUCUUAUCAUUGUAAAAUUUCACAUCAGGUCUGCAGAGCUGGACUUUGUUUGUUCUUCUCAUGCAUUGGUAAAUAAAAUGCAUUCACGAGUCCAAAAAAACAAAGUGGUGUUCCCAUAUUAGGUUGAUUAUAAGUCAGCUGUUGAGCUUCAGUGGUCUAAACAUUUCAUUCUUCAGUUUUGUUGGGAGCACACGUGUUCUGGGAGGCUUUUAAACAAAUACUUGAAAUGGUUGAAAGAUUUACAUUGCCAGUGCCUAGCUAAAUAUGUAGUCUUAAGAAAAGACAUGGUUUAUUUUGGCACCAUUUGAAAAACUCAAAUAUUUUAAACAUUUGUUAAGUUCGAGCUUGCAC